AUGGAUAUUUCUGAAGACAACAUUAUUGGAAAAAUAUCUCCACUAAUUGGUUUCAGUGGAGAAACCAAAUAUACUAUAGGAGAGAUCAAAUUGCCAGUAUAUGUGGAAGGACUGAACUCUAUGCAGAAAUUUUGUGUGGUGGAUGUUCUCCUAGGUUGCAAUAUAAUCCUAGGAAGACCAUGGAUUCACGAAAUGAGGGCGGUACCAUCGACAUACCACCAAUGUGUUAAGAUUCCAACACCUUGGAGAGUGGUUACUGUCAAAGAAGAACAAGAUGUCAAAGAAGUUAAUUUAAUACCAGAAGAUCCUAAUAUUAAAGUAUUGUUAGGGGCAAAAAUCUCAAAAGAAUUAGAAGUCAAAUUUACUGACUUUCUAAAGAAAAGAAUGAAGACUUUUGCUUGGAAACAAGAAGAUAUGAUAGGGAUAUCAAAGGAUGUGAUCACUCACAAGCUUGGAAUUGACAAAAGUUUCAAGCCUAUCCAACAGAAAAGAAGAAAGUUCACUCCUAAGAGAAAUGCCAUUAUUCAAGAAGACGUGGAAAGACUACUAAAAGCAAAGAUGAUCAAGGAAGUAAAAUUUCCUGAAUGGCUAGCCAACGUAGUUGUGAUGCAGAAAAAGAAUGGGAAAUGGAGAGUUUGUGUAGAUUUUACCGAUCUAAACAAAGCUUGCCCAAAAUCCAUUUCCUCUGCCUCACAUAGAUGCAAUGGUCGAUGCUACUUCUGGACAUGA